AUGUCACUGUUAGCUAUUCGUCCACCAGAAAUGGAAAGAGCUUCUAUGGUUCUUCCAACUAUCACUUGUUCUUCAUGUUCAGCCCCUAUACCACUUUCUUCCCUAGGUGAACAUGUCUGUCUACCUAUUCCUCUUCCUUCUCGACCACCUACCAAUUCGACACAAUCAAUAAAUCCUAAAACCGGUCCGAGAAACGUCCCUAGACCUACUCAAAUAACCAUCCCCAAUACCGAACCUUCCCGUCGAAAUGGUCCAAACACAUUCACGGUCAAUCCACCACGUCCACCUUUCGCAGGUCCUUCAAGCGCUCGGUCCUCACCUAGUACAUUAGGUAUUCCUUCCGUUCAUAAUUCACCUCAUAUACCUUCACCCACUGGUCAAAAUGUUUUCCCUCCAUACACCCCAAACUCAAGAACACCAUCACCUACAAAUCCUUUUUUCCCACCCAACACACCAAUGUCUGGUAAUGGAAUCAUGAUUCACGGUUUAGGAUUAUCGGUAGGAAGAGCUGAAGGUCCUUAUCCUACCGAUGCGCAUAUACCAGAUAGAAUGAAGAAUUCCAUUGGGAUGCCGGAUACUACUAGUGGUGGAGGAGCAGGAAUGGCAGGAGUAGGAAGAAGAGCUUUUGCUGCUGCUGCUUGGGGAGUUAGAGCUGGUGUUGCAAUGAGUAAUACGACUACUAAUAAGAAUUUGGAAAAUUCAAGAGAAAUGCCUCCACCUAAUCAAGGUUGGCCUACUCAACCUAGAUCAGCCGGUCCUUCACAUCAACAAUCAAAACAAAUGUUUUCUCCUACUCCCAUGUCUGCUCCAUUACCACCAUCUCAACCGAGAUUAGAUAUAUCUUCCCGAUUAGAAGCUGUUACCCAGGAAUCAGUUUCGAAUACGAAUACAUCACGACCGAAUCUUCCUAAUCGACAACAUACUACAAGUUCAAGGUCUUCUCACAAAGGAGAUUCUAUAUCCGAAUUGAUCAAAGCUCGUUCUAAUCGAAUAGAAGAAAGAAAAGAUUCCAACGGAGGAGCGUUUUUCAAUAAAGUUCGACAAUUAUCAACUUCUUCCUCUUCCGCAAUGAGUGAUCGUCCAUCUGCAUUAGGAGUUCUUCGUCGUCCAUCUCAAAAUGAUUCUCAAAGUUCUCAACGUUUAGUGGCUAGUCCCGAAGAAACCAUCUUACCACUUCCACACGAAGAUGAUUAUGAUGACGAAAGUACAGCUUCGGCACUUCCAUGGGCGACACCAGCCGUUCGAAAUCGAGAUAGAAAAUCACCCGAUAUCGGAAGAGAAGAUCGAACACGUUUGAUGAAAGAUAUGAGAGAUAGAUAUCCUACAGCUGAGAGUGAAUCUUCUUCUUCUAUCGCUUCCAGUAGUAGAUCUGGGAAAUGGGGUGGUGGAUCAGGAAGUGGACCAGAAAGUGAAGAAUUAGUAACUCCUUCACAAUCUUGGGAAGGUGGUCUUUCCGAACGUGUUUUAGUACAAAAAGCUAGUAAGAAUGGUUUUGGUGGAUUUGGAAUUGAACCAUCACAUGACUCAAGAGAUACUUUGGAACAAAUCGGUGAAGAAGAAGAAGAAGAAGUUGUUGUAUUCGGUGGGAAAAGUCCAAAAAGUAAAUCCACUUCACGUGAUUCUCAAUCAAGAAACGAAAACAAAAAUCAAAUAAUCUCAAUUUCUAGACCUGGUUUAUCGAUAAAUGGUAAAGAUCAUAUUCGUUCUCAUACAGCCCCAGAACCUAGGUCAGAUAGAAGUUUGAAAACAAACGUGGAUCGACAAGGAGAAAGAGAGAGAACAAGACGUAAAAUUUGUCAAAAAUGUCAUGAAGAAGUAGGAGGUGAUAAAAGGUUUGUGGAAAGAGAUGGUGUGGUUUUAUGUGAAAAAGAUUGGAAAAAAUUAUAUUUACCUUCUUGUAGAAGGUGUAAUUUACCGAUUGAGAAAAGUGCGGUUUCAAGUAGUGAUGGACAGUUGAAAGGGAAAUGGCAUAGGUCAUGUUUCACUUGUACCAAAUGUGAUAAACCUUUUGAAGGUGAUAGUUUUUAUGUUUUAGGUGGUAAACCUUGGUGUCAACAACAUUAUCAUGAAGAGAACGGAACAUUAUGUUCCAAUCCAACUUGUCGAAAACCAAUAGAAGGUCCUUGUAUCCUCACUUCUGGUCCUAAACCAAACCGAUAUCAUCCCGGUCAUUUAAGAUGUGAUCAUAGAGGAGGUGUUUCAGGUGUUCAAUCAUGUAAAGAAAACAUGGAUGAAUAUUAUGAAGUUGAUGGUGGUAGGUAUUGUGAGAGACAUGUGAGUGAGGCCAUGAGGAAUUUGAGUGUGGGUAUGGGAAUGGGUAUGGGGAUGAAAAGGGCGGAAAAAAGAAGAACUAGGUUGGUGGAAUUACCAGGGGCGUUUUGA